AUGGUCUACUUGGUUUUUUUAAACUUUAGGUUGGGAAGCUGCGGAAAAUGUAGUGGUGUUGAAGCAAAAACUCCUGCAGUUCAGCAAAACUCGGCUUUAGAAGAUCGUGUGAGCCAUCUUGAUGGAGCUCUCAAGGAAUGUGUAAGGCAGCUAAGACAAGCAAGAGAGGAGCAGGAGGAAAAGGUCCAUGAAGCCAUUGCCAAAGCUGCCCAGGAUUGGGAAACCACCAAAUGCGAACUCGAAAGUCGGUUGCUUGAGCUCCAAGCUAAAGCUGAAGCUGUUAAUUCUGAGCCCCCUCCAGAGUUCAGUCAUGACCUUUGGCGAAAGAUUGAAGCUUUGGAGAAGAAAAAUGCAGACCUUGAACUCGAGCUCUCAUCUCAAUUGGAGAUGGAAAUCAGAACAAUUGAAAGGGACUUAAGCACCCAAGCAGCUGAAACAGCUAGCAAACAACUCUUGGAGAGUAUAAAGAAGGUAACAAAGCUUGAGGCCGAGUGUCGAAGACUCAAAACAAUAUCUGAUAAAUCUCUGAACGUCUCCUCAAUGUAUGCUGAAUCUCUUACAGAUAGUCAAUCAGACAGCGGAGAACGGGUUAAUCUUGUGCAGAUCGAUACUCACAAGAUAAGCGGCUUGGAGGCAAACAAAGAACCUAGUUGUUCUGAUUCAUGGGCAUCAGCCUUAAUUGCAGAACUUGAUCAAUUCAAAAAUGAAAAGGCCAUCAACCGAAACCUCCUGGGUUCUUCCAUUGAGAGUAAUCUAAUGGAUGAUUUUCUCGAGAUGGAAAGACUUGCUUCAUUGCCUGAAACCAUGAGCGAAAACCAUUGUCUUGAACCUAAAGCUAUUGCGAAACAAUCUAAUAACGAUGGUGAUAGCUCAAUGCAGGCUGAGCUUGAAGCCAUGAUUCAUCGAACAGCGGAACUCGAAGAGAAGUUGGAGAAGAUAGAAGUUCAGAAGGCUGAACUAGUAAUCGCUCUUGCCAAAAGCCAGGAAAGUCUAGAAGCAUCGGAGCUGAAAUUGGAGGACUUGCAAAGGGAGCUCUACAAUGCAAAUGAUGCAAAGCAACAACUCGAUUCUCAACUCAGGAACGUGAAAGCAGAUGUAGAGAAUAUGUCAGCAAAGAUUAACUCAUUAGAAAAUUAA